AUGGCUAGCGCAGUCACCGUUCUGAAGCCCAACGGCCCAGUUCCUGGCGCCCAGUCCACCGAGAACAGCAAUGAGUUGCCUCGCCCUUACAAGUGCCCUCUCUGUGAUAAGGCUUUCCACCGUUUGGAGCACCAGACCAGGCACAUUCGCACCCACACUGGAGAGAAGCCUCACGCCUGCCAGUUCCCUGGCUGCUCCAAGAAAUUCUCUCGCUCUGAUGAGCUGACUAGGCACUCCCGCAUCCACAACAAUCCCAAUUCCAGGAGGGGCAACAAGGGACAGCUUCACCAGCAGCAGCACCAGCAGCCUCACCUCACCCACGAGGGUAUGAUGGCCCCUCCCCCGGCUCCCAAGACCAUCCGUUCAGCCCCUACUUCGGCAUUGACUUCUCCCAACGUCUCGCCUCCUCACUCGUACUCAUCCUUUGCUCUUCCCCAGACCGGUCUGCACUCCCGCAACGGCGACAUUUCCAUGCUGGCAAAGGCCGCUCACCAGGUUGAGCGCGAGACAUUGGCCACACCUUCGCACCACCACAACACCAACAGGCACCACCCUUACUACAGCCACAAUCUCCAUGGCUCUCGUGGACACCUCCCUACUCUUUCCGCCUACCAGAUGUCCAGGACCCACUCCAGUGAAGAGCACAAUGAUGACCACUACACAGGAGCCCUGCGAAACAUCAAGAGGUCGAGGCCCAACUCGCCCAACUCUACUGCCCCGUCUUCACCCACCUUUUCUCACGACUCUCUGUCCCCCACUCCUGAUCAUACCCCCAUCGCUACACCGGCUCACUCUCCUCGCCUGAGGCCUCUGUUCUCUGGCGUUGAGCUGCCCGGCCUGAGGACCUUGUCUCUUCAGCACAACACAACCCCCGCUCUCGCCCCCAUGGAGCCUCAUUUCGAUGCCGGUGCCCAGCCGUACCAGAGCCCACCCGCCAUCGGACCUACUCGCACCGGAUUGUCCUUGACCGACAUUAUCAGCCGCCCUGACGGCAACCAGCGGAAGCUUCCUGUUCCCAAGGUUGCGGUCCACGACCUGCUCUCGGACCCGUCUUACACUCACAGUGGCCGCAGCUCUUCAGCUAAUAGUCUCGCCGGCACUGAUCUGAUGGACCGGAUGUAG